ACUGCACCUUGUUGAGUCAAUCCCUUGUCUUGUUUAUGCAUUUGAAUGCUAUUGAAUGAGAUUAGUCAUAAAUAUCAGUGUCUCUCUUCUCAAGUUCAUCUUUAAACUCUGCAAACAGCAAAAGAUGAAUUCAGAAUUAUUCCAGAAUGAAUAAAUACUGUGUGUGUGUGCGUGUUCAUGGGAAGAGGGAGUCAUUGAUGUGCGUGUCUGUCACUGAUGACGCUCGUGUGUCUUAAAGGACCAUGAGUGUAAGUUUUUGAGACAUAUUCUCAGAGUCUAAUGCUUUGCGCCUGUUAUUUAAGAGCUCCGACGUCGUGAUGAAAUACAGAUUAUCAAUGCUGCGAGAGAAUGGAUCUUAUCGAGCAGCCUGAACGUGUAGUAUCUUACGCUGAGGUGAAAUGAGGGUGUAAUUUGUCCAAAAAUGUGACAUGGCACAAGCGCAUCGGUCUCACGGUUGGACAGUCGAGGUGUCAUUGAUCUGAUCUGAUAUGAUCACUGAUAAAUAACGCGGUGAGAUGGAUCUCCUCUACGUUUUUCCUUGACGCGCGCGGGAGGCAGGAACUGAGCAGCGCGAACACCGGCCAAUGUACCGGGGGGACGGCGGCGUGACAGCGGCCCGGGAGCGGCAGCGGCGGUGUGACAGCGGCGGUCUUCAGAUUCGUCCCUCCGGGUUUUACGCAACAAGGCGAGGGGAACGAUGGGCUGCGCUCCCAGCAUCCACGUCUCGCAGAGCGGGGUGAUCUACUGCCGCGACUCGGACGAGUCCAACUCUCCGCACCAGACGACCACCAUCUCGCAGGGUACGGCGACCACCCUGCACGGCCUCUUCAUCAAGACCGACGCGGCGGAUACCAUCCCCUCCGUGAUCGCGUACCAGACCAGGCACACGCGGACCAGCUCUCAGCGGGAGCGGAAAGAGAACAGCGGCGGACACAUGCGCACAGAGGCCGAGACUCAAACCAGCUGCACCAGCGUCAAGGUGUCUGCUGCAGAAGAACGUUUAGGGCCGAUGCGACUGACCCAGGAGCCCAUUCAGGUGUUACUGGUCUUCGCUAAAGAGGACAGUCAGAGCGAUGCUUUCUGGUGGGCGUGUGAGCGUGCGGGGUUCAGGUGUAACAUCGCACGAACACCUGAGUCUGCGGUGGAGUGUUUCAUGGAUAAACACCACGAGAUCGUCAUCAUUGAUGGGCGGCACUCACGGUACUUUGAGGCUGAUGCCGUCUGCAGGAUGAUCCGAGCGGCUAAGCCUUCUGAACACACUGUUAUUUUGGCUGUGCUGCCACAAAUUCCCUCAGAUCAGGAGGAACCAUCUGUCCUUCCUCUUCUCUCUGCUGGCUUCUCCAGAAGGUACCUGGAGAACAGCAGUGUGUCAGCCUGCUAUAAUGAGUUAAUCCAGUUAGAACAUGGAGAGGUUCGAGCUCAGUUCAAACUGAGGGCUUGUAACUCUGUGUUCACCGCGUUAGAACAGUGUCAGGAAGCCGUGGAGAUCAGCAGUGAAGAUCAUGUCAUUCAAUAUGUAAAUCCAGCGUUUGAAAAGAUGAUGGGCUAUCACAGAGCCGAAGUGAUUGGUAAAGAGUUGACUGAACUACCUAAGAGUGACAAGAACAGCGCCGACCUGCUGGACACCAUCAACACCUGCAUCAAGAAAGGAAAGGAAUGGCAGGGGAUCUAUUUUUCACGGAGGAAGUCUGGGGACAGUAUUCAGCAAUAUGUCAGAAUCACUCCUGUGAUUGGCCAGGGAGGAAAAAUUCGCCAUUUUGUGUCCAUCAAGAGGCCUUACAGUGACAACCACAGACAGGUUCAUAAGUUGAGCAAAGAAGACAAAAGCUGUGGUGAAAACUCACAAUCAGAUUUCAACAUACCAAAAUAUCAGAACUGCAAUUCCUUGCGUCACAAGGACCGGAGGAAAGAGUCUGUGGACGUCAGAUCUAUCAGCUCUCACAGCAGCGAUGCUCCCAGUCUACAGAAUCGCAGAUAUUCCUCUAUGGCCCGAAUCCACUCCAUGACUAUUGAGGCUCCAAUCACUAAGGUGAUAAAUAUCAUUAACGCAGCACAGGAGAGCAGUCCCGUGACAGUAGCGGAAGCUCUGGAUCGUGUUCUGGAGAUUUUGCGGACCACUGAACUCUACUCACCCCAACUGGCCUCAAAAGAAGACGACCCCCACACCAAUGACCUGGUGGGAGGGCUCAUGAGUGAUGGACUCAGAAGGCUCUCUGGGAACGAGUACGUCUUCUCCAAAAGUGCAUUACAAAGUAAGUUCUAG